AUGCCGCGUCAAAUCAUCAACGCCUUCCAUCCCGCAUCCAAACCAUACAAGAGACCCACCACUCCCGACCUAGAUACCAAGCCCAAAACCGAACCGACAACUCCCAAGACUGAAAGUUCACCAAGACACAAAACCAAACGAACCCGAGUAUCUACACCGAAUAAGAAAUGGACUUCGGAAGAAUUACUCACGCUGUUCAAUCAUGUUUUCAAGAAUGGUCAGAAGGAUUGGGAUAGAGCUGUUGAGGGAAGAACAGCAAAUCAAUGUUGUCAGACUUGGACAAAAACUCUUCUUCCGUAUAUCAGACAAUCCAUCGAAAGUAAAGGCGUAUAG